AUGACUGAACAAUUCAUCCACGAUGUUAUCAUCAUCGGCGCCGGCCCCUGCGGCCUAGCUGUGGCUUCUCGUCUUUGCGAACACUCCCCCUCGGCCCUCUUCACAGACGAGGAGCAUCAGCGCUACCACUGGAUCCGCAAGUAUGGACGCCGGAUGCCGCUGAAGAACAGACGAAACGGCGGCAUCAUUGAGAAGAGAACGCCCAGCCAAAGCCAGAGAUACUCGACUCUCGUUCUCGACGCCACGGGUGAUGAGUGGCUGAACAAAUGGAACCGCCUCUUCAAGACCUUUGACAUCACCCACCUUCGCAGCCCCAUGUUCUUCCAUGUCGAUCCAAUGGAUCGGGAUUCCCUGUUGGCCAGGGCACAUGAGCGGAACCAGGAAAAUGAGCUCGUUGAACUCCGGGCCUGUGUUGGUAAGGAGAUUAGCAAGCAUCUGCGCAAAGCCAGAGUAAAGUCGCGGAACCCAAAACAACAUGCUGUCGUUGAGGUAGACGAACGAGACAGGAAAGACUACUUCACUCCACCGACUACGCUAUUCGCAAACCACUGCGAAUGCAUCGUUGACCGUUACGGUCUCCGCGAGGGGCUGAUCCAAAACGAGAAAGUCCAGGACAUCGAGUACCGCAUAAUCAAGCACGUGUCUCCCGAUACAAAUCUGUUUGCAGUACACACAGACAAAACAAUACACUACGCCAAGGCAGUUGUGCUCGCUGUCGGUCCCGGAAACGCGCCCACUAUCCCGCCCGUCUUGGGCCUCAACAGCGUGCCUGGUUCGGCUCCCCCGCAAGCCUGCCACAGCAUGCAGAUUCAAAAGUUUCCGGACCCGGUGGUCCAGGCUAAGAUUUCGGCGCGGAAGAGUACCAAUGUGCUUGUUGUCGGUGGGGGGUUGACCUCGGCACAGCUGUCGGAUCUCGCCAUCCGAAGGGGUGUCACGAAGGUGUGGCAUCUUAUGAGAGGCCCGUUGAGGGUGAAGCCUUUUGACGUGGACCUUGCAUGGAUGGGGAAGUUUAGGAAUGUCGAGCAAGCGUACUUCUGGUCUGCUGACUCUGACGAAGAAAGGCUGCAGCAAAUCCAGAGUGCCAGAGGCGGUGGAAGCAUCACGCCGCCGUAUCACAAGAGGCUGAAGCAUCACAUCGCCAAGGGCUCUCUGGCACUGCACACCAACACGAAGCUGGUGGAAGCAAAUUUCGAUGAAGAGAAAAAGGUGUGGAAUUUGCGGACUGAGCCGCCAGUAGAGAUGCCCGGGAUGGAUUACAUUUACUUUGCUACUGGUGUGCAGACGGAUUACUCUAGUCUUCCAUACUUGCAGACCAUGCUGCAGGAUUAUCCGAUCCACGGCCACGGCGGCAUGCCGUGUAUCAAUGAUGAUCUAAUGUGGCAAGAAGGAGUGCCGUUAUUCGUGACCGGCCGGCUUGCUGCACUGAGGCUUGGUCCUGGAGCGGGCAAUCUUGGAGGCGCAAGGGCGGGUGCGGAGAGAGUUGCAUGGGCAAUUGAGGAUCUGAUCCCAAAUCGGACGGGUGAGACGUCAGAUUGGGAUGAAGGGGAGGAGAUGAAGUUUGUGACGGGAAGAGGCAAUAGGUUUGAUAGUCUGGUGUCCGCCGGCGAGGACUGGUGA